AAUAUAUUUACUCUGCCGUUGGCGCCAUCCUCCUGAUUGCGGUGUUGGAAGACACAGGAGCUGAGGUCGAAGUCCCCGUGAUGAUCGAAGUGACCUCAUUGACCUCGCAGGAUGACCUUGGCUCCACGGCCGCUCCCGAAGAUAUGAACGGAAACAUAACAACAUGGACAUUGCCCCUAGGGUUCUGUAACGACACCAGCGAGUGUACCCAGGGACUUGGUUGUUUCGGGAACCUCUGCUCAUGCCCCCGGAGUUGCAAGUACGUUCUUAACAAGUGCGACUGCGGACCUGCGCGACUAUUCCCCUGGUGGUAUUUUCUCAUUGGUGGGUUGCUGGGACUUGUUGUCUCGUAUUACUGCGUGCAAGAAAUCAAAGCCAGAAGCAAAAAGAAUCAGAAUUCCGAGCCAGAGAUCAUCUUCAUCCCGCGACGCCCUUCCUCCGACGGGCGGUUUCGUGUUACCGGAGACGCCUCCGCCAUCCAUCUACAGACAGGAGUGCCCACGUCCCCGGCGAGAGAAAGGUCACCUCCAGCUCUGAAUAUGCCUCUUGCCCCCCUGCCACCCAUCGGACAGUCCUAAGCGUAAACUCCCUGACUCCUCUUCUGUGCCUAAGCCUUCGAGGUGUCGGUGUCUUCUGCUGAGUCAUCUUCCGCGCCUCACGACCAAGAUUCUUGAGGGUGACUCUUCUCCUUGGCCGAAGAAUCUGCUUUUAGGACAACAAAUCUUGGGCUACCGAAAUCUUCAUUUGGGUCAUCGGAUCCUCUUUUUGGGUUGCCGAAUCUUUUCUGGGCAACCCAAGUCUUCUUUUGGACCAUCUCUCUUGGUCACUGAAUCUUCUCUUGGACCAACGGAUCCUCUCUUGCAUCGCCGAAUCUUCUCUUGGUAACCGAAUCUUGUUUUGAGCCACCAGAUCGUCUUGCAGGUCAUUCGGUUUUAUUUUGGACUACCGAGAUUUUACAAGAAAUCAAAUCUUUUCUUGGGUCAGUGAAUCUUCUUUUGGGAUUGGAUAGAAUCAGCCCUAAACUGCGAGUCCUCAGCGCCCCUUCAGAGUCAUCUUCAGCGCCCCGACUUUUUCGAGAAUUAUUCGAAUCCUGUUUUGAGUUGCCGAAUCUUCUCUUGGACAACCAAAGGCAUCUUUUGGCCACUAAUCUCCCCUUGGCCUACCGAAUCUUCACGUGUGCUCCCGAAAUCUGCUUUCCGGCCUCUAAACUCCCGUCUUAAACAUCCGAAAUGCACGAGGGAGAUUUUUUUUGCGAGAUGCAUCUUUUAUUGUCAUAUCAUUCCAGUUUUAUUACAAUCUCGAUAGUUUUAUUUGCAAUAUUUAUUCUUUUGUGAUCUUCCAUAACUAUCUGGACAGCUGCCAAAAUUUAGGUAAAUCUUUUGAGAUCCCAUAUACGUACUUUGUUAUUCAUAUGUAUCUUUCAUUUGUCCAUAUGUGUGUGCGUGUGUGUGUGUGUGCAUGUAUGUAUGUAUGCAUGUAUGUGUACAUGCA